GCAAGGCCACUAGCAGAAUCAGAGCCACUGUUCAUCCCAUAUAACCUAGCACGAGUCAUGCAUUUCUCAUUCCUCCGAGUCGUCACAGUCGUCGCAGCUUUGACAAAAUCUACGUCUGUCACCGCCGCAAAGUGUGCGAUUAUAGGCCAGGCUUGUGGCACGACCAGCCCGACAGGCCUCAUAUGCUGCGAUGACCUUUUCUGUGGGCCUUUGCGCCUUGUACCAAUAGGAGUUCGGAAGUUCUUCCACAUACUGCGGGGAACCUUGAAAAUCCAGAUGUUUGGCAAACUGAGCAUGUCACAAUAGUGAGUCUUAUCUCUUUCGCGUUGGCACAGUGCUUUAUCACACGAUAUACAGUUCGU